CACACACAACCAGGAAGUUCAUUUCAACAGAAACGAAACUCAGAGUGUGGCUCAAUCUCUCUCUCUUUCUCAACGUGUGAGUUCAGGAAAAUGGCUGAGGCCAGUAUUUCAGUAGAUCAGCUUUCGGUGGAUCAGUUCAUCUGUCCAGUGUGUCUGGAUCUCCUGAAGGAUCCGGUGACUAUCCACUGUGGUCACAGUUUCUGUAAGGUGUGUAUUAAUGGCUGCUGGGAUCAGGAGGAUCAGAGUGGAGUUUAUAGCUGUCCUCAGUGCAGAGACACUUUCACUCCAAGGCCUGUUCUACGCAGAAACAACAUGCUGGCUGAAGUGGUGGAGAAACUGAAGAAGAAGACUGAAGUCCAAGCUGCUUCUCCUGCUCACUGUUACACUGGACCUGGAGAUGUGGAGUGUGAUUUCUGCACCGGGAGAAAACACAAAGCCAUCAAGUCCUGUCUGAUGUGUCUGGCCUCCUUUUGUGAAACUCACCUGAAACCUCACUAUGAAGUUCCUUCAUGGAAAAAGCACAAGUUAGUCGAAGCUUCUAGAAAUCUACAAGAGAAGAUCUGCUCUGAACAUGAUAAAGUGCUGGAGAUCUACUGUCGUACUGACCAAAGCUUCAUCUGUUAUCUGUGUGUGACGGAUGAACACAAAAGCCACGACACCGUCUCAGUUAAAACUUACAGAACUGAGAAAGAGAGUGAGUUAAAGGAGGAUCAGAUGAAAUUCCAGCAGAGAAUCCAGGAGAAGCAGAAGAAGGUGCAGGAGCUGAAACAGACUGUGAACACUAUAAAGCUCAGUGCACAGACAGCAGUAGAUGACAGUGAGAUGAUCUUUACUGAGAUGAUCAGCUCCAUGGAGAAAAAGCGCUCGGAGGUGACGGAGCUGAUCAGAGCUCAGGAGAAGGCUGAACUGAGUCGAGCUGAACGACUCCUGGAGCAACUGGAGCAGGAGAUUGCUGAUCUUCAGAAGAGAGACACUGAGAUGGAGAAGCUUUCACACACACAUGAUCACAUCCACUUCCUCCAGAGUUUCCAGUCUCUCCGUGUCUCUUCUGGACGUGACGACUCAUCCAGCAUCACUGUCAAUCAACAUCUCUCAUUUGAUGGAGUGAGGAAAUCUCUCUCUGAUCUGAAAAGGAGACUGGAGGAAAUCUUCCAGGAGGAAUUCAUCAAAAUCUCUGAAUGUGCUGCAGCAGUUCAGAUGAUUUUACCCUCAGAACCAAAGAGCAGAGAAGAUUUUCUGUAUUAUUUCUGUGAUCUGACUCUGGAUCCCAACACAGUACAUUAUAACCUCAUUCUGUCUGAGAAGAACAGAGCGGUGAAGAGGAGUGAGAGAAAGCAGCGAUACUCUGAUCAUCCAAAGAGAUUUGAGUCCUACAGUCAGGUGUUGAGUAAGGAGAGUGUGUGUGGACGCUGUUACUGGGAGGUGGAGUGGAGCGAUGAGGAUUUUGUGGAAAUAUCAGUCUCAUAUAAAGACAUCAGAAGGAAAGGACUGGGUAAUGAUUGCUGGUUUGGAGGCAACAAUCAGUCCUGGAGUCUGCGAUGUUCUUCUUCUUCUCUCACUUUCUAUCACAACAACAUUAAGACUGAUCUCAGAGUUCCAUCACCCUCCAGAAUAGGAGUUUAUGUGGAUCACAGUGCAGGAACUCUGUCCUUCUACAGCGUCUCUGACACCAUGAAGCUCCUCCACAGAGUCCACACCACAUUCACUCAGCCUCUAUACGCUGGAUUCUUGCUUGGCUCUUACGGAUCGUCUGUGAGAUUAUGUGACCAAAAUAAAAUAUUAGCUAUGUAAUAUUUUAAAAUGAAGGUUAGUAUACAAAUUUGUUUUCAUGCUUCAUGAAAAUAGCUGCUAUAAGUGCUUGCAGGUCAUUUUUUUUUAUAUUCCAAACUUUCCACUCAACUAGACUGAUUACAUUUUUACACUAAAAGUGCAUCUCAGUGAAUGAAAUGAAAAUAAAUAUAAAUAAUGUGUUUUUUAUUGUCUUAUUUUUUUGACUUGCUUUGCUAAUGUUGCUAACUACCGAGGUGAAGUUAGCGUAACGGUGUAGCGUGUCGCACAGGACACGUCACAUCCCAUUACAAGCCUCAGGCCCUUUUAACCUGUUCUGAUAAAUACAGCUCUGGGAAAAAAUAAAAGACCACUGCAAAAUAAUCAGUUUCUUAGGUUUUUUUUUACAGGUCAUGUAUUGGUGAGAUGAAGAGUUUUGUUUCAUUUUUUGUGAACUGCUACAAUACAGAUGUGGCAUUUAAGAAUGCGCGUCAGAGGGACAGGAAUCUCGCGGCAUUGAGCGGCAUUGCAAGUGACACUCUCGCGCAGGAAAGACGAGACCAGUAGGUGGCAGUCGUGUUUCGUGUACAUUGAAAUCGAUCAACAUAACGUGACGCUGCGGAGAGCAAUUGGCGUAUGAUAUCAAAGUAUCAAAGCUAUUUAAAAGCUUAUGGAGCAGUCUGUUCUUGCAGUAGCUACUUUGAUGUCAUAAACCGAUCGGUCUGCGAAGCGCUGCAUUAAAUGAUGUGCUUGGAUCACGAGAUUCGUAGCAAUACGGCAUUAAAUUCGUAAUAUUUUGAGAAUAAUGUCAUUAUUUACAUUAACGUGUUUAGAGUGAUGAAUAAUAUAUUAGGCCUAUUUGUGUAUAGUGAAAUUAAUGUAUUAACAAAACGACUUAAUGCAUUAAGCAACGUUGAGAAUACGCGUAAAAGUGAAACUUUACUCGUUACAUGCUCAUCUGCCUGUUUUAAUAAUAAGGUAGGUAUAACUAUCUGCUUUGAACAUCUGCUUGUUCACAUUACUCCAAACACGUUGAUGUAUAUGGCAUUAUAAAUAAAACAUUACAACUUAAUCCCUAUAUUGCAUGAGUUUAAUACUGUUUCAUGAAGUCAAACACAUUAAAUGAUGUGCUUGGCCACGGAGUUUCUCUCAGAAGCAGAUUAAAACAAGCAACAAAGAAAGUAAACGUGUGGAAUUCAUAUUUAACAUUUUCAGCUGUGAGUUUUCAAUGUAAUAACUUCAUGGUGUGAGGUUUUAUUGCGUGUGAUGGAAGCGGUUAGAGCGCGUUUCCCUGCAGGCAGCUGAACACGGAGCGCGAGCCUCCAUCGGGAU